GUGGCCUGUGCCGAGAGAUGGGGGGCGGUGGUGGCCACAGCAGAACCUCCAGGAGGUGACCGCCUGGUUUCCAUUAGGGAGCCCUGGUCAGCAGUUCGGGCAAGACGGCAGAGCUGAGGCUGGCUAUGGUAAGGUAGGGCAGGGGAGGGUCUGAGGGUGGGGCCUGCCUGCCCACCCACCCCACUGUAGGGAUGCUCCUGUUGCCAUGGUGACCCAGUGCCCAGCUGAGGACACCCUGACCCAUCCCUCAACUCCCAGCGGCUGAGCAUAUUGCUGCUGCUCCUGCUGCUGCCUGGCCCCCCACCCGCCCUCGGCAUGGAGGACGCCUCCUUCCCCCACCUGGGGGAGAGCUCGCAGCCCCCGCCCCGGGCCUGCCCCCCACGCUGCUCCUGUCCCCGAGCUGACACAGUGGACUGCGAUGGCCUGGACCUGCGGGUGUUCCCAGACAAUAUCACCAGGGCAGCUCAGCACCUCUCCCUGCAGAACAACCAGCUCCAGGAGCUCCCCUACAACGAGCUGUCACGCCUCAGUGGCCUGCGGACCCUCAACCUCCACAACAACCUCAUCUCCUCUGAGGGCCUGCCGGAUGAGGCCUUUGAGUCCCUCACCCAGCUGCAGCACAUCUAUGUGGCCCACAACAAGCUCUCUGUGGCUCCCCAGUUUCUGCCCCGCUCCCUCCGUGUUGCUGAUCUGGCUGCCAACGAAGUGACAGAGAUCUUCCCGCUCACCUUUGGGGAGAAGCCGGCUCUCAGGUCCGUGUACCUCCACAACAACCAGCUGAGCAAUGCCGGCCUGCCCCCCGACGCCUUCCGCGGCUCCGAGGCAGUCACCACCCUCAGCCUUUCCAGCAACCGGCUCAGCUACGUGCCGCCCAGCCUGCCACCCUCGCUGGAGCGACUCCACCUGCAGGACAACCUCAUCUCCAAGGUGCCCCGAGGAGCCCUAAGCCGCCAGACCCACCUCCGUGAGCUCUACCUCCAGCACAACCGGCUGGCAGACAGUGGCCUGGACGCCACCACUUUCAGCAAGCUGCACUGCCUUGAGUACCUGGACCUGUCCCACAACCAGCUGGCUGCUGUGCCCGCUGGCCUGCCCCGCACCCUGGCCGUGCUGCACCUGGGCCGCAACCGCAUCCGCUGGGUGGAGGCGGCCCGGCUGCGUGGCAUGCGAGGCCUGCGCUACCUGCUGCUGCAGCACAACCAGCUGGGGACAGCGGGGCUGCCGGCCGGGGCGCUGCGGCCGCUGCGUGGCCUGCACACGCUGCACCUGUACGGCAACGGGCUAGACCACGUGCCCCAGGCGCUGCCCCGCCGCCUGCGGGCCCUGGUGCUGCCCCACAACCGUGUGACCACUCUGGGUGCCCACGACCUGGCCGCCACCCCCCGCCUGACUGAGCUCAACCUGGCCUAUAACUGCCUGGCCAGCGCCCGCGUGCACCCCCGGGCCUUCCGCCGGCUGCGUGCCCUGCGCAGCCUCGACCUGGCCGGCAACCAGCUGACCCGGCUGCCCACCGGCCUGCCCGCUGGCCUGCACACCCUGCGGCUGCAGCGAAACCAGCUGCGAGCCCUUGAGCCUGAGCCGCUGGCUGGCCUGGACCAACUUCAGGAGCUCAGCCUGGCGCAUAACCGGCUGCGUGUGGGCGACAUCGGGCCUGGCACCUGGCACGAGCUGCAGGCCCUCCAGGUGCUGGACCUCAGCCACAACGAGCUGUCCUUCGUGCCCCCUGACCUGCCCGAGGCCCUAGAGGAGCUGCACCUGCAGGGCAACCGCAUCAGCCACGUGGGCCCUGAAGCCUUCCUCAGCACGCCCCGCCUGCGUGCCCUCUUCCUCAGGGCAAACAGGCUUCACAUGACUAGCAUCGCCCCUGAGGCCUUCCUGGGCCUCCCGCACCUGCGCAUGGUGGACACGACAGGCAACCCCGAGCACGUCUUGGUCCGGCUGCCGCCCACAGCCCCACGUCGGCCAUGGGCAGGGGGCCCCUGAGCCUGGAGGGGCCCAAGCAGAGCAGCCCAGACCCCUGGGGCUCAGCUGGGCCAUGGACUAAGGAGACAGCACCCACCUGGAGCCUCGAUCUGGCUCUCCCAGGGAUGGAGAGUUGGGCCUGCCUGACCUGUGCUGGCCAGGACGCUGGGACGGGGCGCCACCGCGACACACAGGGAGCCCGGGAGCGACUGAAGCGUGCACCUCACACGCCAGAUGUGCAGGCAACUCUGACUCUGCUGGACACUUCCUGACUGCCCAGGCAGAUGGAGACGGCAAUAAUAAAGCCUAGCCCUUGCAAGUGC